GGGUACACAUGGUUCUAAGCCUCGUAGGCUGUUGUAGUUUGCUGCCGUGAUAUCUAUGUAGAAUUUUAACAUGUGUAUGAAGAGGAGGUGGCUCUUCGCCGGAAGGGAGGCUGGGGAGAGGGGAUGAACCAGAAACCCGGUCGAGGGGCAUUCGGAUGUUUUACAUGAGACAUAUUUUGCACAUUAGAUGUAAUAGGGCUGAUGGCACCUUCGGCCUGUAUGACUAGUCUUUUUGCUUUGCUAGGCAAUGUCGUAAUGCCAGUAAUACAGACGCUUCCGCCUUCGCCUUCGCAUUACCCUACCUGCAUGAUGUGAUCAAUCGUAAAGAAUAUAGCCUUCUUCCAUUUGCGCACUGCCUGGUUUCGCUUCCUAGUUGAUUGUUCAUGCGGUGAGCUGAGCUGUAUGUCCGUUUUAGUCGUGUUAAUGUUAUUACAACCAUGACCAACAGCAUUGGUGACCAGACGCCACCUCAACGCAGAGAAAUCUUCGAAGAAUAUCUAAUGUACUACGACCACGCUUGGAAAAACGGCAAUGUGAAAGUCUGUAACGAUCGACAAGUGACAGGCAGGGCACGGCACGUAUUGCUGUCACAGGCGGACCCCAUGGAAAGAUUCACAACCUUUGACUUCUACCACACCGCUCUCGAGUGCGUCAAUGUCGGGGUGCGAGACUGUCGGAGUGUAUUUCAUGUCUUUAUAAAAGCUACUGAAGUGCUGGAAACGCUCUGUGUCAACCUGUUCCUGUUUCCGUGGAAGAAGGAAAUAAAGACAAUCAAGACCUUCACCGGGCCGUUUGUGUACUGCGUGCAGCCCGUGUUCUCCGUGCCUGUGCUGCGCGGCAUCCUGGAGAGGAUGGGCUACCAGCCGGAGUCCGACACCCAGUACCGGCUGAGGCCCGACGCGGACCGGGAGCGGGCCAAGCUGGUGGGCUUCGAGAUGUUCCUGGCCCGCGUGGAGAGCCAGCACCUGCUGGAGGCCAUGGGCCAGAGGAUGGCCCACGCCGAGUGCCUGGAGCUCCUGACCCGGAGGGCCGGAACAGGAACCGGAACUGGAACUGGAACUGGAACCUCCAUGGGCCAGAGGGAGCGGGAGCGAGGGAGAGAGACAGGGGGAGGGGGAGGUAUUGACCAGCACAAGAGAGAGACAGGCAAGAGUAGUGGGAGUGGGGGAGAGGUGGUCCAGACAGCAGGCAGAGAGGGUCAUGGAAGUAGGGUAGCUGCUCCACAGGAACCGGCAGACAGAGAGGUUAGCAGCGGCAGUGGUGACGGAGUUGCUCCACAGGGGCAGAGCAGAAGAGAAGGUGGUGGUGGUGGUGAGGGUGGGGACGGGGGUCCUGUGGGCAAGAGGCACAGAGAGGGUGGCAGGGGUGGUGGUGGUGGUGGGGCAGCUGCCUGUGGCCAGCAGGACAGAGAGGGGGGUGGUAGAGGGGCCGUGGAGGGCCAGAGAGUCCAGAGAGAGGGCAGUAGCAGCAGCGGUGGGGCAGGCAGAGAGGCAAGCGUACACGCACAGGCCCCGUGUGAGGUGGAGAAAGAGAAGGAGGGCAGCAGUAGCCAGGCGGCGUCCACCGCAGGGUCAGAAAAGGACAAGGACAGCGCCAAGCGUGAAGGCCUAACGGGCAAACAGCCUCCUCUGCCCGACGUGCUGUCUUUGACCCAACCAGCAGCCGCAGCAGCAACAGCGGCAGGAGCAGCAUGGGAGACCCCCGCACCACAGCGCCCCCCAGAGGGUCAAGCAGACAAGGCCACGGCGGAGUGGGACAGGAGCAAACCACUGGGGGGGCCGGAGGCUAAGGGAAGCACAGAGGUGGCAGGUGGUGCGGUUGUGGCAGCGGCAGGCACAGCAAUAGGGGGGGUGGCACCAGAGGCAGUGGCGGGCUCAGGGGUGGCACCAGCAGUGGCAGUGGCGGGGUCACAGGGGGUGGCAAUAGAGGUAGCAGGGGGGGUUACAGCAGCAGGAGGUGCGGGAGGAGUGGCACCAACCACUGGGGUGACUGCAGCAGGGGGAUCUACUGCCGGUCCGUCAUCAGCAGGGGUGACUGUGACAGGGUCGUCUGUGGUGUCCGUCGACGGGCCGGCUAUGGUGGUGGCAGCAGGUGUGGCGUCAUCAGGGGUCGUGACGACGACGGCGGGGGGGACAACAGCAGGAAGGUCAACAACAGGGGUGACAGAUGGCGCCUCCUCCUCUUCCUCUUCCUCCACGUCCUCGUCCUCAUCAUCGUCGUCGUCGAGAGGCCGCGCCGGCUCGUUCCUGAGCGACGACCGCUCCAUCCUGGAGAUGCGCCACAACUACCCAGACCUGGCCAUCCGACAGAAGCCCAUCUUCCUCUCCCGCCGCCAACGCGGGGGCUCCUACCCGACGCCGGGCCCCAAGGCCCCCCGCAGCCGGCUGGGCGACGACGGGGACGUCGGGGUUGUGGUGAUGGGUGCGGGGACGGGGGCUGGGGCUGGGGCAGGGGCAGGGGUGAGGGCCACCAGGGGCCAGGCUGUGGAGCUCAGUGGCCCCCACCACCCUCAUCCCAUCUCCUCCACCAGGAGCGCUCUCAGCAGCAGUGCCUGCGAGCUCAGCGUCUGCGGUCCGCCACACUCCAUCUCCUCCGUCUCCUUGACGACCAAUAACAACAUCCUCAGCAGCAUCAGCAGCACCCAACUCAUCACGCACGCCAGUGAUCUCGCCGGUCCCCAGUCCAUCUCCUCCAGGAACCCCAUGAUCACCAGCACGAGCGAUCUGAGCGGUCCGCAGUCCAUCACCAUCAUCCACCACCCCAAGCCUCUCGUACCCUCGGCCGGCUGCACCCUGGCGCCCAUCGCCGCCCCCCCGGUGCCCAAAGCCGUCUCCCCCGUCGUCACCCCGAUCGCGCCGGUGCCCAAACCUGGAUUGCCGGCGCCGGUGCCGGUCCUCCCUCUCCCUGCUGCCCCUGCUGGAUUGCCGGGCCCGGGUCCGGUCCCAGCCCCGGUGGCCGACGACGUCCGCGAGCCCCAGCCUCUGGUGGCCAGCGCCGGGCCGGCCUCCAUCAUCACCCAGUACCACCACCAGGAGCGGGCCGCCAUGGCCGCCGUCGGGCAGAGCGCGGUGUCCCGUUCGGGCCAGCAGAGGGCGGCCAAGGCCAAGGAGCCUGAUCUGCUGCUGGAGGUGACGGCCCGUCUGGGGAGGCUGAGCGUGGACGAGCCCCUCAAGUACCCCAUCGAGGAGACCCAGGCUCAGGCCCAAGCCCAGGCCCAGCACGCGGCCUGCUCAGCCUGCCACGAGCACCACCGCAGCAGCAGCAGCAGGCCGGCAGGAGCUGUGGCUACUACAGUGGCUGCUGGUGUUGCUGUGGUAGCGCCACCUACAGGCCAAGUACGGGAUGGCAGCAGCAUCAGCCACCAGCAGCCCAUCCUGUGCGCCCCGUCCGCUCUGCCCAUGUGCAGCAUCUCCGGUUGCAGCAGCUGCGCGGGCCCGGACGUGCUGCGACACCACCAGCACCAGCUCCAGCACCAGAGCAUCCAGCAGCACAGCCUGCACGUGGGGGCCAGCACCAUCAAGGAGCCCCCCAGCUCCCUCUACAUGCCGCCCAGCCCCAUGGGCAUGUGUCCCCCAGUCCUGGAGCCCCUCGCUGGGCAUGGCUCCGCUGCGUGCCCUGGGCCUCUGGGCCAGCAGCCUGGAGCCUCGCCACAGCAGCCAGAGGACGAGCUGCUGCAGACCUACGUCCUGGUCGAGCCAGACAGGAAGUGACAUCGUUUUUGUAUUGCUAGAGCUAGCUGACUGACUGACUGACUGACUGACAGGUCAACCAGCCAAUCAGUAGCUGUAGAAUGUAGGUAGAUGGACGUAAGUAAGGGGGUAAGAAUGGCCUCCUUCGAGUACAACAGUAAUAGAAACACAUAGAAACACAUUUCAGGCAGAAAUACUGAACAUUGGGAACUUGGCAUAUUGUAUGAUGAUGGUUUGAUGAUUUUCAACCCGAAUCAUAGCCAUCCUCCAACUUGUUCACUUCAGAGUGCAUUUCUGACUGCAUGCUUCUGCGUCCAGGGAUCCGUUUCUUGAUUCUUGUCGUUGCUGACCGUCUCACCAUUCCCUUGGAUUUAGUGGUGAGCGUCGCUGUCGAGAGAGAGUUGAGUCGCUCUUACGAAGGACGUUGCUACCGUCGUUAGCAAAGACGCUUUCGAGAUACGGACCCCAGAUCUAUAAUUCAACUGAGGCCAUUGUGACUUGAACUACUUGUCUCCUGCCAUCAUGGUAAUACCCAUUGAUUCCACCUGCCCUAUAACACACACACAUAUACACUGAUGAAGGCCCGGAUCUGUGUGUGUGUGUGAGACACUUGAAUGAGGCCAGCCACAGUGUUGCUGUGUGCCACAUAGAGCUGUCGAGGGAGAUGCCUACUGUACUUGCAUGCAAUGACAUGUGACGUGGGGACACAUGAUUUGCAGAGGACUAGCUGCCAUUUUGUCCAUACAUACUGUACCUCACCUCACCUCACAUGUGAAAGAGUCGACCCCACUGGAACCCACACGAAGAACAGCUUCCAGCUGACUGCAGAGAAGAAGAAACUAAAUACUGUACUCUUUUAAACAGCUGUAGUAGCCCCGUAUGUUUUAAAACAAAACAAACCAUCUUCAUGGCGUUAAAGACUAUUAAUGUUUCUCAGGUGAAGGCUACUGUACUUCUUCUUUCCUUUAUUGUUGUAAUCAGCUGUAGUCUUUAGGCUCUAGUCAGCGUAGUGUUGGAGGACAAAGUGAAAGUAAAAGUAAAAAAAAGAAACACAGUUUCUCCACAGGUAGCUUAUCUGAGUAAAAAGUAGACCAAUGUACUUGUCUUACGAUAAGCUGAUUCUGCACAGGUUGGGUUGAGUUUGUGGUGGGUCCUUGUUAGGUUUUUAUUGUUUUUCAGUAAUAAGUCUAUCUCAAAGUCUAUCUCAAUAGGUAGGUAAAAUGGAGUAAACGGUGUAACAGCUAUGUAAUAUCAUGUGCUACUGUUGUAAUUACACCACGAAAGUACUUUCACUUUGUCCACCACUGCAGCGUAGUAUUUUAUGUACCGUGUUAAAACUUGGGAGUCUGGGUUUGAGUUGUUGUUAUUCGAACCUACGAGGGAGACAAGUUUGUGAACGUGCCUUACUUCAUUUGAAGCCAAAAUAUGCACUCAUUGUCUUUCUACUCCAGAGUAUCACAUACAGUAUGUAUUGAAUGAAGAUGAUGAUGGGUCCAUUCCACUGUCCUAACUCCCGUCCUCGACUUUGUGCUUGUGGCCUUGCGCUUCACAGACACCCCGCUUACCGUACGUGGAGAAAACAAGUUUCCCCAGCUGUCGGCCUUGCCACAACAAACUUUUGGGGGAUUUUUUCCCCCCGUUCACCAUCCUGAUUGCAAAUGAGAAAAUGACCUUUGAACUGCACUUUUUGCAAGAUAUUGAAUUCAACUUCUGUCAUCAUCAAUGACGUCUUGCGACAUCAUCACAAGGUCACAAGCAGGAGUUAAGAUAAUGGAGAGAACCCAAAGAGUGUUGUGCUAAUAGCUAAUCAGAGGAGGUGAUGUUUGAUGAUAAAAAGCUAAUGUGUUGAAUGAAGAAAAGUAGGGGUGAAUUAAGGUAAAUUGGGCCACUUUUUUUGCAUAUAAAUGAAUGGGGAAAAAGUGGCCCAAUUUACCUGAAUUACACCCUAACAGCUAGGUCUAAUCAGAGGAAGGCUGUUUGAUGACAUGUUUGGUUAUAAUGAAUGAAGAUGAGUAUUGUGCUAAUCAGAUGAGGCAAUGUUUUAUAGUGAAACUGCUGUAUGGAAUGAGGGCGAGUGUUGUACUGGUAGCUAAUCUGAAAAGGGAUGUUUGAUAUUAAAACUGACGCCAUCUGUGGUGGUGUCUAUGAGGUAUGGCCAUUACUAUGGUGUUGCAGAAAUCAGUGAUAAUGACACAACAAAAACAAGACAAUAUUAAAAGCUUACAAAUGACUUUAAUGACAAAUAAAUUACACUGUAUUUAAAUAACAAUGAAAGAUGGCUAUCUUGACCUUGUUCUACAUGUUCCCGGUUCUUUUUGUUGUUGUUGUUGUUGUUGUUGUUGGUCCUCUUGCCGGAACAGUAAGUGCUGAUCAAAACAAGUAAAAACAAACAAACAGAACAAUAGGAAAUGCUAAUGACCCUUCAUAAGGUCAUCAUGGUGUGUGAGAAUAGAGGCAGAGAUGGAGGCUGUGAAAGGACUUCCUCACGUUCACUUCCAAAAAAGCGACUUCUAAUAUUCUUCCUGUAACUGGUAGGAGAUAAAUGUCAUUCCUUCCUGGAACUAAGUGGCAUUCUAACGUCAUUCCUUCCUGUAAGUACGUAGGUAGCAUACCAAGGUCAUUCCUUCCUAGCAGCAGACUAUGUAACCGGUUCAGACUUUUUCAUAUGGUCAUGAACUUAGGAAUGCUGCUCUGACCACCCAUCAAACAGGACGGCUGCUAUCUUCUCCUAAGAAGUGUCAGUACUUUCUGCCCGGCAACUACCGCAAACUGAAACUUAAAAUAGCUUUACUUAAGUAAGCAGCGAGUGAUGGACAGCCAGAUUAGAGAAUGUGUGUGUCCUGUUAGCACCAAACAAACACAGUCAUCAAUUAUUUUACAUGAACACAUUUAAAUUUCAACCUUAAGAUUAACUGUGUAGAGCUUGUAAGCGAAACGACGUCAUGAUUGUAAGCUCAAAGAGAGGCUGCUAGUAAAGUAUGCCACUGUCAUUUCCCCUCUGUAGUCACGUCUGCAACGGUGAUUCCCCUGUUAGUCAUGCACUGUAUGUAAUUGGGAGUAGCAGUAAUGGGCACAACUCAUCUCAUUUCUCCUAUGGCUCAUCUACUGUAUCUGACCUGACACCAGGGUUGCCAGAUUGGGCUGUUUCCCGCCCAAUUGGGCUGUUUGGGAUGGCUAUCUGCGGUUAAAAAUGGGUAAAAAGGGCAUUUGGGUGGGGUUUUCUGCAAAUUUAUGGCCAUAGAAAUCAAUAGAAUUUAGUGCAAAUUGGGCACAUUGGGUUUUGUGUAUCUUUAGGGCUGGAAAUCACCAGUCUCAUCUGGCAACCCUGCCUGACACUCCUCUCAGUCAAAUAUCUUUACUUUACAAAACAAUUUACUUGACACCGGCGUCAUACAUAUGACAUAAAAGUGUCAUAACAUUGUCAUAACACAGUCAUGCAUGCUCCAUAAACAUUAUGUCAAUGUCAUAAACAUUUAUGAUUUGUCAAUAAGUGACAUUCGGUGAUGGUAAAGACAUCAUUAACAAUGUCAACUUUUCAUGACCACAAAAAGUUUAUGACAUUGACAUCAUGUUUAUAACUUGUUCAUGGCUGUGUCAUAUCACUGUUUUGACGCUAUUAUGUGACUGUUAUGUCGUACGUAUGAUGACGGCGCCAAGUAAAGUGUAGGCAAUAUCUUUCGCGUCUCUGCACUGCAGAAGCAAGGUGAGCAUUGUGGUGUUUGAGGCGUGUUGUGACCCAAUGCCAUCAAGGGGAACGACCCAC